AUGUCUCCUGGAUCAUUGCGUAGGGGAUGCUCCCGCCUCGAGCAGUUUCCCAUCGAACUGAUCUUCGAAAUUCUCUCGCACCUCAGAGUCCCCAGCAUCAAGCAAAUCGGCUUGGCCUCGUCUAACCUCCGUCGCAUAUGCAUCCCGUUUAUCUUCCAAGACGUAUCUUUCCAUGCCGACAAGGCCCCGCACGAUUUUCAGACCGCCAUGCGCCGCCUGCGCCCCGUUCCCUGCAUCCGAAAACUUUCCUUUCACGAUGUCGACCCGAAUAUCAAACCACAUUUGCUGUUGGAGUGGUGCGCCGCAGCCCAAGACCUCGAGAUCUGGUCCGUGUCCAAACCAAGGCCAUACGUGCGACUUCUAUCGGGACUCCGGGAACUCAGAAUUGUCAAACUUGAUAGGAUUAUCUUCCAGAGUUUAGCUGACUUUUUCGAGCUUUUUAGAAGUCUGUCGGGCACGGUUAAAGAUGUAAGGAUUGGAGAUGUCGAGUUCUUAUCCACGACGGACAGCAAUCCAAUUCCCUGCACUCGCAAGUGGGUCAAAGUAGAGAGGCUUCGUCUCACCUCCGCUCUAGUUCUGGAGCUCCUUCUACGAAACGAUUCUCCCGUCGAAUUUUUGCAUUUGCAGGUAGCAGAAACCAGAGGUGCCAGUUCACACAUCAUUAAAAAAAUCGGCCAUCUCAGCCCUCGUCUUGUCAAGCUGAUAAUGGAGGAUCCUCCCUUGGAAUCCAACAAUGAACCUCUCGAGCUCCCAACUGUCAAACAAUUGAACAUCUCGUUCCGUUCAUUGCAUCCAGGACUUACAUCCCUCAACGCUCUCCUAAAUGUGUCUGAUACCGAAUUGGAAGAGCUAACCAUAAAACUUCCAUUCGAGUUUAUCAUAAACGAAAGAGGCGAAUGGGAGUGGUUGGCGCUGGCGCUGUCACGACGACCGAAGUUGAAGAGAGUGACGAUCGUGGCAUGGACAAAGUGGUCUAGGACAUAUAGUCAUGUUCAAGUUAUGCUCCAUGAGUUUCGUCGUCAACUCGAACCGUGGCGCCGUAUGGUAUUGCAGAUUCUGGCGAAUGAUCGCUUCGAUGUCAUUGUAGAUGUUGCUUAUCGUUUCGGAGGCUACUAA